AUGUGGUGAGAGCUUCAAAAUCUAGAGAACCUUUUUUUAAUAUCGUUUCAGUAUUGUAUAAUAGUUGUAAACCCUCCUCAUUCAAUCAAUGUAUAACCUCAUCCUCCAUUUUGCUUUGAAAGUAAAGAAUUCAAUGUUCACAUGUUCGUGUGGUCAAACACAUACUGCACUAAUUUUUGGCACAGGCUAAAACCCACUUCUUUUCGAUAUUUUCUCUUUUUAUUUUUAUUUCUUCCUUCACUCCUUGAGACUCCUGCAGCCCUGACACCAUUGGGCCCGCCGCAAUCCGUAUUUAUAUUGCACAUCUACACCAAGUGACAAAAUCUUCUUUUUUAUGCCGUCGUUAUCCGACACAGAAAGCGCCGCCGCACAAGCUGCACGGCCCAUACCAUUUGCUGCCCCCAUUCGCAAUGCAUCCCAAUCUAUGAAGCAAUCCAGUGUACCUCGUCGACUUUCCCGUCAAGACUCGAUGAAUCCCCGUCGUCAAUCUAACGCCUCCCAAACUACGGAAUCGGUCUCUCCGUCCGUGUCAUGGCCUAUUGUCUUGGCAAUCGUUCCAACCUUGGGCGCGUUUGUUGCUGGCAGUGCCGAAGUCUGGAGUGACCUGAUCAUGGUGCUGCUGAUUCUAUAUUAUACUUACAAGUGGGUGACAGGUACGUAAGAGUGCGGUGUAGCUUCGAUGGGUUGGACUA